UCACAUGUUUCUUCUUUAUCUCUUCUCUUUCUGUUAAAAUAAAAUUCCCAGUAUUGCCACGCAGAAUCUCUCUUAUCCCUUUCAUUCACACCAAAAAAUAAAAAUAAAAAAGAAAAAGAAAAAGAAAAGUCUCCUAUGACACAUUGACACUGGGAUGAUAUGGAACACCCAGACACCGCAAUUUCUCUGAGAUCGAGCUUAACGUUCGGUGAAACACUCUGUGCGGUGUGCAUUCCGCUUAUCGGAAUCGUUGAAGCUCUCUUCGUCAGCUUAGCUGGUUGCUUCGAUUUCCAUGGCGACAAGCAAAGCAAGAAAAACCAGAUCCCUAGCUCUUUUGAUGACAUCCUUCGCCUCGCCAAGGAUUCUCCAUUUACGGUUAAUGAAAUUGAGGCGCUGCGUGAGUUGUUCAAGAAGUUGAGUAGCUCAAUUAUUGAUGAUGGACUUAUUCACAAGGAAGAGCUGCAAUUGGCACUAUUGAAGACCCCAGUUGGCGAGAAUCUUUUCCUUGAUAGGGUGUUUGAUCUCUUCGAUGAAAAAAGAAAUGGUGUUAUAGAAUUUGAGGAAUUUGUGCAUGCUCUCAGUAUCUUUCAUCCAUAUGCUUCUUUAGAAAAGAAAAUUGAUUUUGCUUUUAGAUUGUAUGACCUGAGACAAACUGGAUAUAUCGAACGGGAAGAAGUUAGGCAAAUGGUGGUUGCGAUAAUGUCUGAAUGUGACAUGCAUUUGGAAGAUGAAGUUCUUGAAAGCAUUAUUGAUAAGACAUUUCAAGAUGCUGAUACUGACAAUGAUGGUAAGAUAAGCAAAGAAGAAUGGAGGGAAUAUGUUCUUCGGCACCCGUCCCUAUUGAAGCACAUGACUCUUCCUUACCUCAAGGACGUAACCACGGUAUUUACCAGCUUCAUUUUCAACACUGAAGUUGAUGAUUCCCACUGGCAGAGAGGUAUCAUAAGCUAUAAAAAUUAAGGAGUGGAAGCAGCAGAUUCUUGUGAUUCCUUUAUUGAACCAGAGAAAUUUGGUGGAAGCAAUGGACCAAAGCACCGUCCCUGAAGAAAUUUUGAUAGGGGUGUUCAAAACCCAAGCCAAAUUGAACACAAAGGUUUAACUGUACAUGAUUGUUUGGUUUGCUCUGUUUACCUUUAAGCCUCGGUUUGGUGCAGUGCAAAACAUUUAUUUGUACAGUACAAAAGAGGCGACCAAGUUGAUUGGAAGGAUAAUGUAAUAUAUUUAUUCUUAAUGCAUCAAAAUUAUCAUUGAUGUUGACCACAAAAA